GUCGCCGGUGCUUAAAGCAAACCACUGCUUUACCCUUACAGUAUCGCGAAUUCUCCGUCCACCCCACUUAAGCAACUCACUGCUUUCCUCCGCGUCGCGAAUCGCCGGCGCUUUCACCUUCUUACUCUUUCCAUUCGCUGCUCCGCGGUCUCGCCGAUUCGAAGGUAUAUGCGUCUUUGUGAAGAUUCUUGCCUCUUUUGUGGGUUAUGUAGUGGAUCCAUUUCUCGAAUUCGAUUUAAAUGAUUGGGAUGAAUGUGUUCAGCAUUAUGAGAUCCGUCGACGAUAAUACACACAGUUUCUUAUCAGAUGUUCGUGGGAAUUUUUUGGGGAUGGUGGAUAAUCUAGGGUUUCUGAUAUUUUCCGUCGCCAUUCGCUUGUGGGUUAAGAUAUGGUGUGCACUGGGUUUCGUUUUUGUGGAGAUCUCUGAGAAUUCUUGUUCAGUUUAGCUAACUGCGAGCAAAAAAAUCUUGGUCCCGCUAUGGUGAUCUAUUCUUCACUGCUACAGCUGCAUCUGCUGUUCCUGAAUUCAGUGUUAGUGUUAGCUUGUGAUGAUGAGCUACUUUGGCUCGCCCCCCUCUCCAUGCCCUUGCAGUUGGCCUGCUUUAGUUUCAUGAUAGCUUUGGUUUGAAUUGGCUGUUUAAUCGACUACCCCUUUUGGCUAGGUGUCCUUAAACUUAAGGACGUACAACUUACCCUACUUCUUUCUGUUAUAUGCCAGUUGUAACUAAACAUGUCGAGGAGAUAUGAUAGCCGAACGACGAUCUUCUCCCCAGAGGGUCGUCUCUACCAAGUUGAGUAUGCCAUGGAGGCCAUUGGAAAUGCAGGAAGUGCUAUUGGACUAUUGGCUAAAGAUGGAGUUGUCUUGGUUGGUGAAAAGAAGGUUACGUCCAAGCUUCUGCAGACCUCAACCUCCACUGAGAAGAUGUAUAAGAUCGACGAUCAUGUUGCCUGUGCUGUUGCUGGAAUCAUGUCCGAUGCAAACAUCUUGAUCAACACUGCCAGGCUUCAGGCCCAACGUUACACUUUUAACUACCAGGAGCCCAUCCCUGUCGAGCAGCUGGUUCAGUCUCUCUGCGAUACCAAGCAAGGAUACACCCAGUUUGGUGGUCUUAGGCCCUUUGGCGUCUCCUUCCUUUUUGCUGGGUGGGACAAAAACUAUGGAUUCCAGUUGUACAUGAGUGACCCAAGUGGAAACUAUGGUGGGUGGAAGGCUGCAGCCAUUGGUGCAAACAACCAAGCAGCUCAGUCCAUGCUUAAGCAGGAUUACAAGGAUGACAUCUCGAGAGAGGAUGCUGUUAAUCUGGCACUGAAGGUUCUCAGCAAGACCAUGGACAGCACUAGCCUGACUUCUGACAAGCUCGAGCUGGCUGAGGUGUUCCUCUCUCCAUCUGGCAGCGUCAAGUACCAAGUUUGCUCUCCUGAUUCACUUAGCAAGCUGUUGGUGAAGUCUGGAGUGACUCAACCUGCUGCUGAGGCCUCAUGAAGUAAAAAAAAAAAAAAAAAAAAAACUAGAAGCUCUCUUCUUUAUGCUUGUUUGGUUUCCUCACAAUGGUACGUGGAGGAUGACAUAUUUCAGUACUUUGUGCUUGUUUUAGACUGCAGAACCCAUCUGAGAUACUGUGUUGCGUGAAAUCAUUUAACUUUUGAAUCUCUGUUGUUCAAGUGCCAUGGUUGUGAAUUUUCUAGAGAUGCUUGCAUGAUUUAGAAUUGCAGAAUGAUAGUAACAGAAGUUUUCUAGCUAGCUUCAUGAUAUGCCUAGGAAUCAUUCUGUGUGGUGGAGUUCUAGGGAUGAAUUUGUCUAUCUGGGUUCAACUUGGAUAUGGGAAAGUUUUGGUCCGUUGGUAGCUACUAGGUAGUUGGAUUUUGCUCUGUUUGUCCUCUGCGAUCCAAAUUGUUUAUCAAAUUUGGUACAGAACCAGGGAACCCAAUGGCCAUUGCGCUUAGUGGUGGAUAAUACAAGCUUGGUUGGUUAACUGAACUGUUAAGUGUUAACCACAAACUGAAACGCCAUUAAGCCUUGGUGACUGAAUUGAAACCGUUGGUUCGAUGUAAGAAACCUAACUAGUUUUCUUCUGCGCUUGUGUUUGGUUUUGUGCUUUUGUUGGUUUCUAAAUGGUGGUUCGGAUGAAACCAAAAAGAAAAGUUUGGUGCAAACCGUGGUAAUAAAACUGAUUACAGAAACCUAUCAGGGCACGUGAAGGAUUAACCUAAAAACCCAAACCUGAGCUUGCAGCCCAACGUUGGCCCAAUCCCGGUUGCGGAGCCCAUUGGAUAGAUGCGUACUGUAUCUACUGGCCCCUCUGGGCUUAGGCCCGCUUGGGCCAUGAUAGGGUAUCCCUUCCCUCUGUUGUCAUGUCCAUCUCUACAUCAGCUGGUUCUACCAGUGGGAGUCAAACCCAAUGUUCAAGAAAAUGCUAGGCGCUAUCUAGGCGAGAAGGCACCGUCCAGCGCCCAAAUCGGUUAGUCGUUGUCUAGGCGAGAUUAAACGUUGAAUUACCUGACUUGCCGCUGGGUGGGUAUGGAGAUGCCCGCUUCGAACCUGCCCAUUACAUUAGCCUAUAAAUUAAAAAUAAGAAUGGAAUAAAAGUAAAGUUUAGGG